AAGCUAUUCCGCGCUGUCCCACAAUGGCGAUGCCAAUGGCCCCCCUCGCAAGCCACCUUCCUUUUACCCCUUCUCUAUCUCUCUCUGCGCCACCUCUGCAAGCAAGCAACCGGCCAAGCAACUGAGGUAGAGAGAGAGAGGGGGGUUGGUUGUGGCGAGGGAGAUUCUACAGUAGAUAAACAAACGAAAUGGUGUGUGCGAGCAAGUGUCCCCCCAUGAUGCGUGUAUGUAUAUAACUGGAAAGAUUUCCCUCCAAAGGAGGAAGAAGCAAAGCAUCUCAUUCCCCCACUCCUCACCUCCCCCCUCUCUCGUUCUUGCUGCUUUUGUAGCUUUCCCUCCCCCCUUGUUGCGUGCAAGCAUCUUCCCUCCCCUCUUCACAUUGGCCAUAUCUUCCCUGCCUGCCGCUGUAAUAGCAAUAGUAAUAGCAAUACAUACUGCUACUGCUACUGCUGCAUCAAUCCUAGCUCUAAACCUCUGAUACUGACAGAUAGGCGUGCUCCUUGUUUGUUUGUUUGUUUGUUUCCUGGUUGCUUGCCUUGUUUGAUAAGAGAUCGAGAGAACGAGAGCGCGGCGAAGAGGAGGGAAGUCACAGCUUGUGACGCCAAGCUUGACAUAUUUCUACCGGCGUGCUCUCUCUCGGUCUCGCCACACCUCCAUUUGUUCGUUGCACAUCAAUGCACUCAUUCCUUCCUUGCCUCCCCUGCAUGGAAUCCUUGUGCUCUGAGGUCGCCGUUGGUUGGCUGCCUGGCUGCAGCUAGCAACACGUUCCACUUCCACCUGCAUUAGCAUUGCCUUCUUCUCUAGCUACAAGAAACUGAGCGCUCGCUAGGACAGGCCGGCGCUACUGUUUCAAGUGUGUUUGCUUGCUCUGUGCAUUGCUCCGAUCGAGAAGGGGUUGAUCUGGUUGGAGUGCCAAGAACACCAGAGCUCGUGUGCUGUUCAUGCUCCAAGAGGCCCCUGCUGUUCUUGGAGAGAUCAGAGCAGAGAGGGGAAGAGGAGGAGGAGGCUAACGCCGGGCAUGCGUUUCACGACAGGUGGCUCGUCGACGCGGUCGUAUGAGCCCGUGGCGACGGCGGACACGACGGACCUGCGCUACUGGCUGCACUGGCGGGCGGGGCUGUGCGCGCUCUGGGUGCUCGGAUGCAUGUCCGUGGCUGCUUACCUCAUAUGGCGGCACGAGGGGCCCGGCGCCGAGCGCCGACCGGGCGGCGCGUCUGCGGCGGCGGGAGCAGGCGGCGGCGAGGGAGACAGGAAAGGAAGGCGGCCCGGGGUGCUCUACGACGACGAGGCGUGGCGGCCGUGCCUCCGGGACAUCCACCCGGCGUGGCUGCUGGCUUACAGGCUCAUCUCCUUCUUCGUCCUCCUCAGCUUGCUCAUUGUCAUUGUCAUCACUGACGGUGGCAACAUCUUCUACUACUACACUCAGUGGACCUUCAUUCUGGUGACGAUUUACUUCGGGCUUGGCACAGCCCUGUCCAUCUAUGGCUGCAGCAAGUUCGCCGAUGAGAAUGCCGCCGCGGCGAUGGCAGACAUGGAGCUUGGCACCAGCUACGUUGCCCGUGGCGCGGCUGCUAAACGGAGCUUCGACGAAGAAGACGGUGCGAGAGAGAUUGCUGGAUUCUGGGGUUACCUACUCCAGAUCAUCUAUCAGGUAAAUGCAGGCGCUGUGAUGCUUACAGACUGCGUGUUUUGGUUCAUCAUUUUCCCAUUCCUCACCAUCAAAGACUACAAUCUGAACUUUUUGUUGAUAGGGAUGCAUUCAGUUAAUGCUGUUUUCAUGCUUGGUGAAGCUGCCCUGAACAACUUGCUAUUCCCUUGGUUCCGGAUCUCAUACUUCUUCCUUUGGACUGCGCUCUACGUCAUUUUUCAAUGGAUUGUCCAUGCAGCAACUCCAACUUGGUGGCCUUACCCAUUCCUCGACUUGUCAUCCAAUUUUUCACCUUUGUGGUACCUCACCGCCGCGGUGAUGCAGGUGCCGUGCUACGCGGUAUUCAGACUGGUGAUCAAACUGAAACGCCGCCUGCUCUCCAAGUGGUUCCUAAGAGGCUAGAGCACAACAAGCAGUUCAUUCAGAAAAAGCAAUGAGAGAAGCAAGCCAUAGAAUAAUGGCGGGUCUGAGUUCUUUGCUAGAUUCUUCUUAUGCAGGUGCCCUCUCCAAGGAAAAAAAAAGUGAGGAGGCCGGCACAUGCGUUUUAUACCGUAUAGUUUCAGGCAUAUGGAUGGAUGAUACCAAAGCAACACAGGUCAAGAGUUUUUGCAGAAAUGGAAACUGAACAAAAAACAGGGGGGGGGGGGGGUGUAUAGGUUGACUGAUUGGUGAAAUGGAGAUGAUACUAUUCGUUGACUUCUUUUGUAGAGUUGACUGGUGGUUAUAUAUAAUAUGAGUGGAGGUGUAUUUGUGCGUGUAUGGCAAAUCUGAUUCCUUCUCAGCUGCCUGAAUGAGAGCUCUCGUUGUGUAGAUGCUGCGUGUGUGGAACAGUAUGGGUGUCAUUAUUGCCCGUCUGGAGUUUUGCCUUUUGCCUGGACCGUAUACUUAGGAUGAGUGGAUUUAUAGUUGUUGA